AUGGACAGGCCGAUACCUGCGUUUUAUGCUUGUUACCUACUGCGGUCAACAGUUCGCCACCAGAAUCUCUAUGUUGGAAGCACGCCACAUCCUGUCAGACGUUUAAAGCAACAUAACGGAAUUGCCAAAGGUGGAGCAGUGAGAACAUCGAAAGACACAUUGCGACCAUGGGAGAUGACUUGCCUUGUUACUGGAUUCCCUUCAAAGAUCGCUGCUUUGCAAUUCGAGUGGGCAUGGCAAAACACACAUCAGACUCGACACAUUGCUCCGGACGAGCGUAUCACUCAAGCCAACACAAAACAGAGAUUCUCGCCCAGAACUGGCAAGGUACGCAAACGCGUAGGACGCCCUCGAAUGUCAAUGCAUGAUAAGCUCGCGAACCUUCAUAUUCUGUUGCGAGCAAAAAGUUUUGAACGUUGGCCAUUACAGGUCAAGUUCUUUGCCGAAGACGUGUUCAAGAUGUGGCAUAGAUGGACGGUGAAUAUGCCUGAAGUGAUUCGUCAAGGUAUCGAGAUUGAGAUGGACGAGUCAGUUUUACAAAGGGUGUCCCUGGAAGAAGACCCUUCUAACCUCAUUGGCAUCCACAAAAUCGACCCUACAUACCUUCAUAUGAAGUUGACACUGGAGAAGAGUCGAAAACUGUUAUCAGCUCCGAAUACCAGCUGUAUCAUCUGUCGCUCCGCUUUGGAGUCUGCGCAGGAUAUGGUGCUUGUCUGUUCCAAUCAGGAAUGCGACUCGAUCUUCCAUGUUGCAUGUCUGUCGACACAUUUUCUGAGAGCCGAACAUGGCGCACAAGAUGCGAUUGUGCCAACAUGUGGAUAUUGCCCAUCUUGCAAAGUAAGCUUGAACUGGGCUGACCUGGUCAAGGACCUGAGUUUACGUGUUCGUGGUGAGAAAGAAGUCACAGCUUUGUUCAAGGAGCCGAAACGCCGCAAGAGAAGUGCAAAAGAGAGUACAAAGAGCGCUGCCGUCACGAAUCAUGAUGAAGCGGAAGAGCUCGAUGAUGUGGAUCAAAUCCAAGCUACGCCAUCUGGCGGCGACGAUUGGAAGCUGGUCGACGAGUUGGACGAACAAGACACACCCGGAGUCGUCGCUUCAACAAGCUCCUCAGCUGUCAAGACGCGGAAAGCAGUCAUAGAAGACAGCGAUUGGGAUGAGGCUGAAGUCAUUGAAUGA